AUGCCUAUUGGUGUUCCAAAAGUACCUUUCCGAAUUCCUGGAGAGGAAGAUGCAUCUUGGGUUGACGUAUACAACCGACUUUAUCGAGAAAGAUUACUUUUUUUAGGACAAGAAGUUCAGAGCGAGAUCUCGAAUCAACUUAUGGGUCUUAUGGUAUAUCUCAGUAUUGAGGAUGAUACCAAAGAUCUGUAUUUGUUUAUAAACUCUCCUGGCGGAUGGGUAAUAUCUGGAGUAGGUAUUUAUGAUACUAUGCAAUUUGUGCGACCAGACGUCCAUACAAUAUGCAUAGGAUUAGCCGCGUCAAUGGGAUCUUUUAUCCUGGUUGGAGGAGAAAUUACCAAACGUCUAGCAUUCCCUCACGCUAGGGUAAUGAUCCAUCAACCUGCUAGUUCUUUUUAUGAGGCGCAAGCGGGAGAAUUUAUCCUGGAAGCGGAAGAACUGCUGAAAAUACGCGAAACCCUCACAAGGGUUUAUGUAGAAAGGACGGGCAAACCAUUAUGGGUUGUAUCUGAAGACAUGGAAAGAGACGUUUUUAUGUCAGCAACAGAAGCCAAAGCUUAUGGAAUUGUUGAUCUUGUAGCAGUUGAAUGA